AACGCAAGCAUGGCCUCAACGUUGGACAUUGACCCAACGUUUAAACACGCGUUAAAACUACUUCACUCACCACACUCGGAUGCAACCGAAAAGAUUCGCAAUCUACUGGACGAGCUCAUCAAGCAACGAUACGGCAGUGGAAAAACGCUAAUUAACACCCUUAGCAAGAAACAUCUCGGCGAGGAACCGCUUGCAGGGGGAAGCAAUCUGUACGUGCGCAAGCAGAAAGUGAUUGAACCGAAACCCAUUCCCGUGAUCAAUCUGGAUCCGGAUCCGGAACCGAUGGCAGGCGGUACAAUCGAGUGUAUCGUUAGCGCCCCGGAAGCACUAACCAUGCCGCCAAUGCCGUCCGGCUCCAUUCUGAUCUCCACCUCCGACCUGGAGGGUAACGACGAGGACGACGAUGUCGUCAUGGAGGAAGACAAGCUGAAGGAGCUGGAAGAUCUGAUGUGUGUCGUGUGCCGCCUGAUGGACGUCAGUGCGCGGAACAGGCUGGUCGAGUGUGCCGACUGUCACGCUCUAUAUCAUCAGGAAUGCCACAAACCGGUCAUUUCCGAAGCAGACGCUAACGACGAGGAGAAUGCGUGGUACUGCACGUUGUGUCGCAACAAGCAGACGGUCACCAAGCUGCCGGUUACUGCGAUGGUAUCCACACCACCGAUUACCAUUGCAACGUCACCGUCACCUACGAUUAGCAGCUCAGCGUCAAAAGCAACGUCACAUUCGAAAAGCGCCAGCAGCAAAUCGGCCGAAUCCUCGUCCAGCUCUAGCUCGUCUAGCAGUAGCAAGCACAAAUCGUCCAAAAGUGGAAGCAAAUCGUCGGACUCUUCGCAUGAGCGUGAUAGGGAUCGUGACCGUGACCGGGGCGAACGGGAACGCGAUCGCGAGCGGGAUCGUGAUCGUGAUCGUGACCGCGACCGAGAGCGCGAAAGGGAUCGCGAUCGCUCAUCCAAAUCGUCUUCGAACAGUGGUGGUGGUGGGUCCUCGUCUUCGUCGGGAGGUGCUGGAAGUGCUGCCUCCGGUGCCGUCGGAACACCGAGCAUUAACAUUAUCAGUGCCGAUAAGCGGCUGCAAAUGAUGAAGAAAAAAGCCGCUAAAAUGCAGGACAGUAAACGCAAGCACAAAUAA